ACUGCAGGAGUGACUGUUAAAGAGUGGAGGAGCAGCCUGACUGAAGGAGGGAGAAAAAUGAGGAAGGGAGAACACACGAAGGCAGGAAACGUAACACAAGGAAACCCUGUGAGUGACCUCAAUAGACGCUCUCCAUGCCUGACUCAUCCCAUUGCUUCCUUUUAUUCCUGAAGUGGUGCAGUCUGCCUGCAAACAUCCAUCCAUGCGCGUGCACACACGCACAAGCCGUAGGCACGCCGACAAGGGUGGCUCCGCCUCCUCUGCAGUGUAGCGACAGCCAGGAAGGGCAGCAAUGGAGGAGCCAGCAAUGCAGCAAGAAAAGAUAGAGGCAUCACAGGAGCAUGGAGAGGAUGGCGGGAAGGCCGACUGGAAAAACGACUGCUCUCUUUCCACCUUUCUCAAGCAUUCCUGCCUGCUGUGUUGGUCGUCUCCGAGGGAUGCUGCGGACGUCAUGGAAACAGAUGAGAGAAUCCUCACCAAGAAAGCAGAGAUUAGAGUAAGAAGACCGCAGCACCUAGCACUGGAGCUGGAGAAUGCCGUGACGGUGGAGAGCCUGGAGCUUCAGGAGCAGCAGUCUGACCGGAAGGAGCUGGAGGACACCCUGGUGAAGUUAGACAAACACAAAGACAAGCUGAUUCAGCAGAUAAAAGCCACCAGACAGCUCUGCUAUGAAGAAAGUCAACAGAUCCUGUCUUUGCAAGCGGAAGAAGUGCAGAAAGAAAACCAGGUGGAGGAGUAUGAAAGAGAACUGGCCAGGGCGAGAUGGAGACUGAAAAAGCUGAGGGAAGAAGUGAAAAAAGCCAAGAAGAAGGUGGAGGAGGCAGGAGAGAGAGACACGCCUCUGCAGGACUCAAUUCGACAGUCAUAUGAGGAAAUACUGCAGGCUGCUGAUGGAUUACCUUUCUGCAACAAUCUAGCAAGCACUCGAGAAGAACAAGACAGUGGGACCAGUUCAUCUAAGGACAGAUCAGACAUUGAGGAGGAGACAGAUGAAGGAGAGCUCCAGAUUGAAGGAGACCCAGACAGAACGGAUGAAGACUAUGCUCCCAACGAAGGAGCACUAGGCCAGCUGGACUUCUUCCAGGACAACCCGUUCACUCACUGCCAGAGCGACCAUUAUCUCUUCAAUGAGGACCUGUUCCCAAAAACCGACUCCUCUGGUGGAUUUGCGUCUGACCCUUUUAAAGGAAGCAACCCCUUUGCUGCAGACAUGCUAUUUUCAGAGGAAAAUGCCUGCUGCACCGAUGAGAGGAUAGAAGGUGUCUGUGACGAGGCGGACACCAGCCUGUCCUGUGCAGAAAACAAGGCUUCAACUGGAACUCAGUGCUUUGAGUCUGAAUUUCCAGAUGAAGACAGCGACAUUGAGAUCAGUUACAGCAGAGAAGACUUGGACGCCAUUGCUUUGGCGCAGGAUUCCCAGGGAUUUAAACCGAUUCAGAGCUCAUCGGAAGAGUUGGCUCCAGAGCCAGUGCAGGGCUGGAGGUCUAAGGGUCAGUACUCUGUGGAAUCAGACCCUAAUGGGUACGAACUGGACCUUUGUCCUAUCUCUCCACCUUCGGACAUUGAGGAAAACAGUCUUGGAUCUCUUGGAGGUGAUACCACCACUGGGGCAACAGCACUGCAGCAAGAUUGGAGCGCCGACCCUUUUUCGGCUGUCCCUGAAAGCAACCCAGAUGUUCCGUCAGAACCAUAUUGGACAGAAGCCACGGAUCUAGAUCAACUCCAUAAAUUACCCUCAACUGAUGAUGCAGAGCACCCUGACACUGUCAAAGAUGAACACAACAACCCUGUAAAAGCCCAGAACUCUCUUGACUCCCAGAACCUCGGCGCCCUGCCAGAAUCAGGUCACAGCAGCUUUGAGUUGAGCUAUGAACCAACCAGUCAAUCUUCCUAUGACCCUUACGGGUUUAAACUGAGUCCAGAGCAUUCUAGUCUGACCCUUCUAGAUCCAGAUGAAGCUCAACAGAGUCCCGAAUCUGCUGAAAAUGUUAUGAGUUUUCAUCAUGAAGCCUUGUCUUCGCAGUCACAGAUCAAAUUUGAUCCCUACAGUUUUGACAUCACUGCCUCACACCCAGUGCAUGAUUCUGACCCUUACGGCUUCAAACUCAGCCCUGAGGAAGAGAACCAGGAGGUAUUAGACCUUUGUGACCAAGAUAACCUGGAGGUACUUGGACUCAGCAGUCAUGAAAACGAUGAGAAAACUGAGCCUUUCAACAACAGCAACCAAGGGGAGCUGAAACCUUUCAAUUGUGAAAAUCAAGAAGUGCUUGAGCAUUGCGGACAAUAUCUCUUAGACCUGGAGGACUGCAGAAACAUUCCAAACCAGGAAGUGCUGGGACCAUUAAGACUGGAGAGCAGUGAGCAGACUGUUCAUGAAAAUCAGCAAAUUCUGGAUUUUGGCUACGAGAAUCAAGAGGUGGUGGAGCCUUGCUCCAGUACAGACAACAAGGAACUACCAGAGCCUUGCAACUAUGAUACCCAAGAGAUGAUAAAACUCUGUAGCUUUGGAAGUGAAGACCUGGUGAACUUCUCACAGCCUGAAAAUCAGGAAGUACCAGAUGUAGAGAGCCAUGAAAACCAAGAAAUUCUGGAUUCAAACAACAAAGAAAACCAGGAAGUACUUGUUUCUGAUUUCAACCUGGGAUUUCAUGUUCCUAGUUGUGAUGAAAAUCAAGAACUAGUAGAUUUACACAGCCAUGUCAACCAGGAGGUUCUGGACUUGUCUAGUAAGGAAAAUCUACCUGAGGCUAACAACAACCAAUACAUCGUUAAACCAGAAAGCAAUCUUUAUUCCUCCAGUAACAGCUCAGAUAGUGAUCUGACUUCAGAAGACCUUGAGAGGUUGGAGCUCUUUAGCAAAAGUACCAGUGCUUCCAACACCAGACACAGCGCAACACAUGACAUGAGCUUCACUGCUGUUAGCAAUACACCACCCAAACAGGAUUCAGGUAUGCCCACUUCUCGACACCACCAAACCUUGAUGGAAGGUGACUUAGGGUCGGUGUUCAGUGCUGGCGGCUACAUCAGCUGUUCUGAUGUAGCUGAGGACCUGGAGCCCUUGGACAGAAGGCAGAGACACCCAGUAGCAGAGAGUGUGCAACCAAUCAAGCCAGUUAGACCCCCUCGGCCAUCGCUAAGGGCCAAAGAAGAGGCUUUGUCGAAGGGCAUCGACCUGAAGUGAGUUUUCUCACGGCAAUACUUAAGGAUGCGGCUGCUUUGUCUGCAACUCUGCUGAGGCAGCAACAUGAUGGAAAGUAGAGCAAGGACUGAUAAAUGGACAGUUAUAAAUAGAACAAGGGAAUGGUGAUGAAAAAAAACUAUUUUUAUUUAUGCCGUUGAUUUUUGUCUCAUAGAAAAAAAAGAGAAAAGUCUAAAAUGGGACCAGCCAAGUAUUGAACAUUUAAGUGAUAGUGAAUGCAACCUGAUUCGUCCCUGGCUUUAUCCCUAGAUGAGUGUCAUGAGAAUAAAAAGGUAAAAACUAGUGUUUUUGGAGAUGUUUCACCAUUCAUGUUGUUUUAAUCCACAAAGAAGCUUUCUAAUCUUUCUCAUUUGAACAUUUCUGGGGAGAGGGAGUUGGGGACUUCUUAUGUGGUCCACACAAAACAAAGAUCCUCCAUCUUGGAUUAGUGUGUGAAUACGUGUCAGGGGACCUAAAACAAAUGUAGAUUAGCUGUGUGUGCUGUACUAUGCUGUUGUGGUUCUAAAUUUAUCCUGCGCUCUGUCUAAAGCUCAACUCCAAAUGCUUUUAUUGUAUCGUAGGAGGUCCUUUCCUUAGCCACGCCCCUUGUCUGUUCCAUCAUUGGACCUGCUGGGGUUCCACCCACCCCAGCAGUGUUUCUGUGGAGAUUACUCAGGAUUUUUGGGGUGGGCUGCAGUUUAUCUCUUUGGUUUGUUCAUGUCUGCCUCUGUCAUUUUAAGUUUAAUUUCUGUAGUGGCUCAAGAACUGAAGCCUGUGAAGCUGCAAACAAAACAGAUUCAAAAUGGCUGAUCUCAGUCCAUAACUCAGAUUUUUGCAGAGCAAAACUUGAGCAGACUCGAGUACACAAAUCAUUCGACUGUGGCGAUAACAUGGGUGUCCAAUAAAUGUAAUAUCUCCUAUAUACUGGUACUCACUCUUGGCGUAUGUCAGGAUGGCAUUUACGUUUUCAUCCCACACAUUUUAGCCACACUUUACUCUUCUUUGCUCCUGCAUGCUUGUAGUUUUGCCAACAGAGCAAAUUUGUCCAUUUGAGGGAUCUGCUGCACAUCUCUUAACAGUUAACCAAUGCCCUUGUUCACAGCUGCAGCAGGUUUAUACACGGAAGAAAAAGAAACUCAUUUGUCCAGCAAAUUGAUUUAUUUAUCCUGACGUUGAUGUUCAUGCUGAAACAAGAAAUUGUGGCCAAAUAUUUAAGUAUGAUUAUCAAGAUUUUUAAUUUUUACAGUUCAUCCUUAAAUGCCAUUUCAAACCCCAACACAACCUAGAUACCUUCCAAUAUAAUGUUGAUCUGAAUUCAGACGUUUUGGAUGAUUGUUGUUCCGGCAUCUGGAUGACAGUCAAUACAAUUGAACUAAUAUGUGGUUUAGUGUUUAUUUUACACGACGUACAGCCAUAGGUCUUGACUUAUUGUAGUUCAGGUGGAAGUGUCUUUUUGUUUGGCUCUUCCUCAGCACCAGUAACUAGAUAUUUUAAAGGCACUGCGAGUGAUAUAACAUCAUAACAACAGUUACAACAAAUAUAUUACAUUUUAAAAAAAUGUUAAUUUUUGCUUGGAUCCUAAUCAAGAGAUAUUUCAAUGUUGCAGAUUCAUGUUCAACCACUUUUUGGUCAAUCCCAGCUGAAAUCUGGCACUGCAUAGUUCUUACAACUUUAGAGCAUCGCUCCACAGAGUCCUCUCAGACUGAAUUUUGUGAGAGGAACCUGGUUGGAGGCAAGAUGGCGACCAAACAUAACAUUAAACUCAUCAUCAAGGAAGUGGAAAUCUGAAUUUCCGUAUCCAUAUUAGAAGAUUCCUAACCCUAACCCCAACCGUGACCGUUGUUUUUCUAGGGGUGUACUUUGUUAGAACUUCGGUCGGGACUUCCGGCUAACGAUGCUCUGGCGCCAUCUUGGGGCCAUGUUGUUGUCUGCGGCCAGGUCCUCUUGGAUUUUGUUGGAAAUCGCUGAUAGCAGGAGAAUGAGGCUGAAUGUUGAGGAGGACUAAAUCAAUGCAAACUCAGAGCAGCAGCUGCCAUACCUUUAACAAGUCAACAUCCCUCACUGAGUCAAUGGUUGUCAGUGGUGUCAGACCACCAUCAGCUAGUUAUAUAACCAGUAUAAUCAGCUUAACUCAGACCCAUUAGAGGCUAGAUUUUUUUUUAUUUCUCUAUUGGUCAUUUAUGGAUCGUCAAAGUUCAAAGAUAGUGUAGAGAUCUCCUCGGAUUGUGCAUGCAAAAGGGUUGCACCAUGUGUGCUCCCUCAAACUUGUUGGGUGACUGAGUAUCAGUUGGUUUUUGUAGCUAAAAGAGUGACCGGCCUCUUUUUUUCAGUUUACAGAACAGUCUUCUUUGUGGGACUUUACCUAUGAGGAGGAAACAUGGACAGUAAGAGAGCCUUUCUAUCUAAGGUUAAUGUUUCAACAGUAUGGGAUAACAAAAACAAAUUCAGUUUAGAACUGCUACACUAUUUUUACAGUCAGGAAAGAAUCCCUGUUUAACUUAAUCUUAGGUCUUUUGGUUUCAGUGAAAUGUAUGAUUGAUAAUCUGUUUCUGUCUAUGUAUGUGUGUGUGUUUUGUGAUCCGAAAUACAACGGAUAAAGAAAUCACAUUAACGUGUCAUUAAUGAAUGCAAUAAAUAAAUUAAAAAAAGA